AUGUGGCCUAUAAUUAUGGCAUCCUUCAUAUUGGUAUCACAAGAUAGUCACUUUCCGCUUGCAAAUAUUCCAUUUGGAACUGGAUUUUCGACUCACAACCCAAAUCCUCGGUGUGUAAGCAGAAUCGGUGACUUUGUGGUCGACUUAGCAGCCCUUGAAGCAGAAGGAUUCUUCCAAGAGCUCUCGAACACUCAUUUCUUCUCCAAUCCAACCCUUAAUUCCUUUAUGAGUGAAGAUAAGGCUCUUUGGCGUGCUUACAGAUCAAAAAUCCAAGCCCUUUUUGCAGCUGAAAACCCACUUGUCCGUGACAAUGAGCAACUAAAAGCUAAAAUCCUUAUCCCGAUCUCAGAAUUUACUAAUACCUUACCAGUGAAUAUUGGUGACUACACAGAUUUUUAUGCUUCUAGAAAUCACGCUUUUAAUGUCGGAUGCAUGUUUAGAGGCCCUCAAAAUGCUUUGCAAGACAAUUGGCUGAGAUUACCUGUCGGGUAUCAUGGGAGGUCGUCAUCAGUUGUGGUAUCUAGGCACCCAGUAAAAAGACCACGUGGGCAAAUAAAACUUUUAGACAGCCCUGACCCAGUUUUUAGUUCUUGCAAAAAGCUUGAUCAUGAGGUCGAAAUUGGGGUGUUUUUGGGAGGAAAAUUAAAUAAGCUUGGAGAACCAAUUAACAUUGCAGUCGCAAGUGAGCACGUUUUUGGGCUGGUAUUGCUUAAUGAUUGGUCUGCUAGGGAUAUUCAAAGCUGGGAAUAUGUGCCUUUAGGUCCAUUUACAGCAAAGAACUUCCAAACUUCAAUUUCACCAUGGAUUAUAACAACCCUUGCAUUGGAGCCUUUUACUACUGGACUCCCAGCCCAAGAUCCAGUCCCACUACCUUAUUUAAGAGAAGAUCCUCCUACAUCAUUUAACAUUACUAUAGAAACUUUCAUUAAGACUCCUUCACUGUCAGAGCCUCACAAGAUAUCGACUACCAAUCUGCAGCACCUGUAUUGGUCUAUUUAUCAAAUGCUAGCCCACCAUUCUGUGAGUGGAUGCAAUAUGAGACCUGGCGAUUUAUUAGGAACUGGCACUAUUUCUGGACCUACUCCUGAUAGCUUAGGAUGCUUGCUAGAAAUGUCAACUAAUGGUAAAACUCCUGUGGCUUUGCCAAAUGGAGAGACUAGAUCAUUUUUAAAUGACGGUGAUGAGCUUAUUAUUGUUGGAAAAGCAGAAAGUGAAAACUUCACCAUUAUAAUUAAAAUAUGGCGUCUUCGUCUGGGCAUGGCCUCCCGGCCAUGCAGCCUCGACUCAUAUUUUAAUUAUAUCCGGCAAGGUUUUACCAUUUCAGAGAUGGACAGCAAUGCUAGGUAAGCAAUUCUGGUAGCUUUCAGAGCCUAGCCCAAGUCUAUUCUCAGGGGUGGAUUUUUCCUCGUGGGGAAGGAGGGUGCAAGGUUGGAAAGGGGAAGCCCAGCAAAGUCCUCUGGACCAUUCGGCAACUCCCUAGCGUGAAACUGGGCGUUACGUCCCAGGCUUUGCAUUUUCCUUUUUGCCGAUAGCCGACCAGAAAAAUCCAUUUUUUGGGUUUUUCGGAAAAGCAACCCAUGUAACAAGCAAGUAGCUCAUCCAUGAGCCGUCGAAGACGUGGACAUUUGCCCUGGAAGCACCCUGGUGAUCAAAGCGAGUUUGUCUCCAGCAGACUGGUGGGCCCGAUGCGACGAAAGGCGAGUGAUAAACCUGGAGUUGUAACCCCGUAGUGGACGUUAAGCGAUAUAAAUUCUAAUGUAAUGUAAUGAAAACUUCACCAUUGGCUUUGGAGAUGUCAGAGGAGUUAUCUUGCCAGCUUUGGAAGACCAAUAUUUCCAUAAUUAA